UAUGCAUUUGUGCGUACCUGUGUUAUUGUGUCUGAGAGAUUCUUCUUUGCAACUUGUCUUUGUUUCGACAAAAUUAAACACACAAAAAACUGAAUAAAAAAUGAUGGUGUCACAAAGCUGAUAAAUAGCACAUAAAUUGGCAGCGUCAAAAAAGACGGCAGACUGGUAAGACAUCAUCAAAGGGACAAAAACUCCUUGAGCGAAACAAGUCAUCGUCGCUCAACGCUCUCUGUCCGACUCACGCGUAUACGUGUGUGUGCGAGUGUGUGUGCGUGUAUGUAUAUGUGUGCACAAUGACCACCCAGCGAACGCAUCGAAAUGCCACCAGCACAGCGGUGGGGAGUGGAGCCGGUGAUUCGGAUUAUGAGACGCUCAUGCAGCGGCUGCACAUUGGCGGCAGCUAUCAGCGCUCGCCCGGCGGCUUUGAUAACUUUGUGCACGAUGCACCACAACAGCCGCAACAGCAGCAGCAGCAGCACCACCAUCAACACCAGCAGCAGCAACAGCACCACCAGCGGCUGUCCAACAGCGAGGAUUACAAGCUCUAUGAGCGUGGCAAUAUAAUAGCUGCCUCGAAGUACGCCACCGCAAUACCCAAGCCCGGCGCGGAGCCCAUUAUGAUAGGCAACGGCAGCAACAGUCAGCCGCCGCUCAUAUAUGCGCCGACGGCUCAGGUGCUUGGCCAGCGCAUAGCUCCGCAGAAGCAUUCGCCGGUCUAUGAGAAUCUGGAGUUUUAUGGCCAGUUCGAUACGAACCAGCGGCGUGCCCAGCCCCAGAGUCCGGCGAGUCGGCAGAGCGUCAUGCUGAACGAUUAUUUGCUGAUGCAGCCCAUUGGGGGCGGUCGAUUCGCACAUACGCCCGUGCCGGAGGCGCCCCAGAAGCACACACAUCAGCCCAUCGAGGAGCUGUCCGCCGUGGCGCCGAUCUAUGAGAACAUUAUACCCCAUUCCGGGCAGCGGGCCCAGCCGCAGGCAUCGCCGGCCACGGCCACCAUGUAUCAGCACACAGAGAUGGCCACGCCCACGCCCACAGCUAACCAAAUGGAGCUGAAUGCGAUGAUGCUAUCGUCGCCGCUGCACCAGCGCAGCAGCAGCAACAACAGCUCGUCCAAUGCCGGUGGCAGCUCCGGUGCCUUGGGCUCGCCCACGCAGCGCUAUCGGAAUCUAUCGCUGCCCAGCCAUGGAAGUCCACUGGCCUCGCCGGCUCCGGCGCCGCUGGCCAAACUGCAGCUGCAGCAGCACACGCCCAUCAAGCAGCAGCAGCAGCAGCAGGUGGGCAUCAAUGUGUCCGUCAAUCCCAACUACAUCGAGGACAUCAACAGCUCCGACUAUGUCUGCAUGACGGCCAAUCUGCACCGCAGCACCGCCGCCGCCGUCCCCACCAGCACCGCCGUCAACAGUCGCAGCCCCAACAACAGCAGCAGCAACAGCAACAACAACAACAAUGGACGACUGACUGCAGUCAGUCCGCAGCCGCCAUUGCCGCCGCCGCCGUUGACAGCGGCCGCAACGCAGACGUCAACGGCAACGACGUCCGCCGCAGCACAAAUGCAACCCCUGCAGCUGCGCGCCACGCCCAUCGCCACAACGGCGCCACUCGCGGUGGCCACAUCGCCAACGCCCUCGCAGAGCAGCACAGCCGCCUUGCGGCCCAAACGAGGUCUGACCAAGAAUUUGCUGCCAUACAGCGUGACUCCGCCGCGUCCGGCUGGCCCGACCGAGGCGCAGCGCAAGAUCGAGGAGCUGACGCGCCAGCUGGAGGAGGAGAUCGAGCAGAGCGAGGAGCAUGGAGAGUAUUUUGGCAUUUGCCACACCUGCGGCGAGAAGGUGAAGGGCGCCGGCCAGGCCUGCCAAGCCAUGGGCAAUCUAUAUCACACGAAUUGCUUCAUUUGCUGCUCCUGCGGCCGGGCGCUGCGCGGCAAGGCGUUCUACAAUGUGCACGGUCGUGUCUACUGCGAGGAGGACUACAUGUAUUCGGGCUUCCAGCAGACGGCAGAGAAAUGCGCCAUUUGUGGCCACCUGAUCAUGGAAAUGAUUUUGCAAGCCAUGGGCAAGUCAUAUCAUCCGGGCUGCUUCCGCUGCUGCAUCUGCAAUGAGUGCUUGGACGGCGUGCCCUUCACCGUGGAUGUGGAUCACAAGAUUUACUGCGUCAAUGACUACCAUCGCAUGUUUGCGCCCAAGUGCGCCAGCUGCGGCAAAGGCAUCACACCCGUCGAGGGCACCGAUGAGACCGUGCGCGUCGUGUCCAUGGACAAGGACUUCCAUGUCGAUUGCUACAUCUGCGAGGAGUGCGGCAUGCAGCUGACCGAUGAGCCGGACAAGCGCUGCUACCCGCUGGACGGCCGCCUGCUCUGCCGCGGCUGCCAUCUGCAGCGACUCGCGUUGCAAUCGUCACCGCACACGCGCCACCAGGAGCCCGUCUGUGCAUCCUAUCAGUAUAUGGGCUGAGGCGAGGAGGCGCCCCGCCCAUUCGACUGACGAUAGCAACUAAACGCACAAAAUAACUAUACAACUAUACAUAUACAUAUAUAUACAGUAUACAUCAUAUAUACAUACAUAUAUAUAUAUAUACAGUAAAUAAACAACGCGCAUUUCCAUUUUUGCAAUAACCGAUUUAAUAAACAAAACUAAAUUUCAUAAAUACAAA